CGCAGUCCGUAGCUCGGCCGCCAAGCCAAUCCGCGCCAAUCCGGCGUUUUUUAUUCAAAGCAAGAGCAAGAGUCCCCGUCGUGUCAGAGAGAGUCCUUGGUCCUGCCCCUUUCGCCUUUCGCUUUUGCGAGAAUCAGCGAGAAUCGUCUGAAACAGAAACUGAUUCGGAAAAUUUCUCUUGUAUCCUCUCGAUAUCGUCUUAGCGAUGUGCGCAUACAAGAGUUUGAUGCCCGCUGGCAUGUCCGACGAUGACGACGAAGAUGAUGAUGAUGUUUUCUUCCCUCUCGAGGAGAACCAUUCUACCGUUAAAGAGUAUACUUCUCCAAGGAAGGAGGAAACUAAAAAACCUCAAGUCGUCGAUGUCGAUGAGAUACACGAUGAGCAACGUAGCUACGAGGAUCGCCUUGUGAAGGCUUUUAUGAUGGAACAGUUGGAAGUGAUACAGGAAUAUGUCGAACAACAUGAUGUCAAUAAUUUCCUGUACACUGGAUGGACUCCGUUAUUAUAUGCAGCUUCAUUGGUACAACCGGAAAUAAUAGAGUAUCUUUUGUCACAUGGUGCAAAUCCAAAUAAGCAUAAAGAUGGAUAUACGCCUCUCAUGGCACUAUGUAAUUCUACAAAAGGAACCUUGGAAAAAUCUUUGAGAUGCCUUGAGCUUUUAUUAACAGCAAAGGCGGAUGCAAACUUGACGAAUAAGCGGAGAGAAACAGCUCUAAUGUAUGCCUGUGUGUCGCAUGAUGCGGAAUUUGUCUUUGAACUUAUAAAAUAUGUACAAAAUCUGGAUGCCUGUGACAGUGAUGGAAAAACUGCAUUGAGCUAUGCAGUUAUAGCUAAUAAGCCUGAUAUCGUCAGAAUUUUUUUGGCACAUAACGUGAAUACUUCAUUGACGGACGUGCACCAUGUAUCUGCCAAAGAUAUCGCGGAUACAAAAGGAUUUACAGAGAUAUCCGCUCUGUUGAGUACAGAUGAAGAAGAGAUAGAAACUUUUUGCGAAGUAUCCGAAGUAAUGACCUGGAAAGAUUUAUUUCCAAAUUUAUAUCCUAGAAAACAUGAAUCUUUAAAUUAUGAUAUAUCAGUGAUGCUAUGUGGAAUGGGUUUGGAAAAAUAUGGCAAAUUAUUUCAAGGAAUGGAUAUUAAAACUUUUUUGCAAUUGACAGAAGAUGAUCUUUGCCAUCUAGGAAUUGACAUUACUGUUCAUAGAGAUCAGUUCCUAGAAAAACUUGACAAAUUUCAUAAUAGAAAAUGGCGUAUAGACGCUUUUGGCAAUAUUAAGAAAACUGAUUCAUAUACAAUUUAUGAUGGUGUAAUAUCAUUGACAAAUGCAAAGAGACAGAUUAGCGUGAUAGCGUCUAGUUUCCAGUACAUCAAAAAUAAUUUGCUGAAAGCUGCUAACGAAAAUAUCGAUCUAUCUCCUACGAAAAGACUGGCAUAUGAAGAAGAACUGAUAAAAACGCAAAAAACUUUGAAACUCUUAAAGAAUGAAAUAAUACAAGCUAAGAAAUUAGCCCAAGAGAUCGAUAAGGAAAAUAACAUAGGUGUACCGCCAACUUGGAUUAAUCCCAAGAGUAAAACUGGUUGGACUAUAACAAUAAGUAUUACAUUAAUGGUAGGGCUGUAUUUAUGCAAAAAAAUGCAUGUUCAAAGAUUAUGGAAUAUGUAUAACUUUAGGAUAUUCUCAGCCCUUCGUUUAUCAAACAAAUUUCAAUGAAUAUUUUUUCAAAUGAAUUCAAAUGUUACAUUGUUUCAUAACAUAAAUAAGCUUUAUAUAUAAUUUUAUUACUAUUAUAUAUAUAAUUACAACUCAAAACUCUUAGC